AUGUGGGCUUGUGGUGGUGAUAAGGCUCCGGGUCCCAAUGGGCUAACAUUCAAGUUCAUCAAACGAUAUUGGGAUAUAAUAAGUGAUGAUUUGAUGAGGACUGUCCGGAAAUUUGAGGAUUAUGGAACUCUAUCUAAAGGUUGUAACUCCUCGUUCAUUACGUUAGCUCCUAAAUCUAAGGAUCCGACUUUCCUGGUUGAUUUCAGAUCCAUUAGCUUGAUUGGUUGUAUAUACAAGAUAAUAUCCAAAGUGUUGGCAACUAUAUUAAAGACAAUAAUUGGGAGUGUAAUCGAUGAAGUUCAGUCUACUUACGUGGAGGGCAGAAGUAUACUUGAAGGGCCCCUUAUAGUCAAUGAAAUAUGUUCGUGGGUCAAAAAAACAAAAAAGAAGGUGCUACUCUUCAAAUUAGAUUUUGAUAAAGCGUUUGAUUCUGUCAAUUGGGAGUACUUUGACUCAAUUCUCAAUCAAAUGAGAUUUGGGAAUAAGUGGAGAAAGCAGUUUCGAGGAUGUUUGUCAUCUGUCCAUGCCUCUGUUAUCAUCAACUGUAGUCCAACUAAAGAAUUUAACAUCUUAAAGGGGUGA